UUUUAGAUACAACCUGGAAAAGUUGAUAGUCUGUUCGGUUUCUUGGAUUGCUACUCUGCCCUCAGGCAGGUUACGUGUGGUGACCACUGAAAUUGCUCAAAAAUUGUGAAAAAAUUUUGGCCAGUUUUUAAAAAACCAUAAAAGAGACAACAACAACUUUGAGAACGCUUUCCACAGAAGCACAAGAUUACACUAAAAUGGCGUCUGCAUCAAUUGGACUGGACGAUGCGGCGUCAUCAUCAGAUGAUCUUAUGGAUGAACAGUCUCCUCAUUUUUCUAGUGUUUCGUUACAUGCUGUGAUUAGUGGGACAAAUAUAUCCGAUAUAUCUGUCCAUCAUUCUGCAUCGGGAAUGGAUAUUGAGCAGGAACAAAUAAUACCGGAUGGACAUGCCCUAGAUAUUGCUUUGUCGAAAAUGUGGAUACGUUUGAACGUUGGUGGAACGAUCUUUCAAACUACUCGACAGACUUUGUGUCGUGAAGCGAAUUCCUUUUUGGCUCGUUUGUGUAAAGAAGGCGACGAAAUGCCCAGUCAGAAAGAUGGGACAGGUGCUAUAUUGAUCGAUCGUGAUCCAGAAUAUUUUGCACCUGUGUUGAAUUACUUACGUCACGGGAAACUCGUAGUGAACAAGAAUGUGAGUGUCGAAGGGGUUCUGGAAGAAGCAGAAUUUUAUAAUUUGCCGCGGCUAAUUCAGUUAUGCACGGAACGAUUAGCGGAAUUUAGCCUGAGAAAAGCGAGACAGACAAAACACGUAUAUCGCGUCCUCCAGUGUCAUGAAGAGGAAUUGACAAAUGUUGUAUCAGCAAUGUCAGAUGGUUGGAAAUUAGUUCAGCUUAUUCCUAUCGGACAGUUCCAGUAUCAAAGCGAUAUGCAAAGUGAAUUUCUUUGCGUCGUUUCCCGGGAAUUUCCUGACAACGAAAUCAAAAAUGGAGAGCAUACAGAUCUCACUGAUCGCGUUAAAGCUUUGCAACAAAAGGCUCGCCACCACUAGUGCUGGAAGGCGACCGUUUGUUUCGAUUCAGGACGGCUUUGCCGCUCGUGCUGCAAUAGGAAUUUUUUCGUUUAAUCCAUUCUUACAAACAGUUACUAAUAGGCAUUUAAGUUAAGCUUUAUAAUAUUUGUGUCAUCCGACUGCCUUCCUCAAAAGAAACUAAUGAUAAAUCGCUAUAGCUAAC